CGGUGGGCGGGAGCAGGGGCCGUGGACACGGCUCGGGGGAGGGCGCUCGGCCCCGCCCCGCCCCGCCCCGCGGAUGUGGCGCCGGCAGCCGGCGCAAGUUCUUAAAAGAUGAAGGAAAGCUGGUCUUCCGUGGAUACUCUUGAGACAAACUUCAGGCCUCUGGUAGUAAUUGAGCUUGCAAAAGGCACCAAAGAGGAAACCAUAGAAUGGUUCACUAAAAGAAUAGUGGACAAAAAGGCAAAUGGAGGCGCACAACUUCUGAUUAAACCAUUGGUCACAGAAAAUGGAAAUGAAAAUAUUUAUCUGGUUGGAGCUUCCCACUUAAGGCUCUUGCUGGGAGCUGAAAAUGUGGGACUGGUGAAGGAAUGUAAUGAUAACUCGAUGAGAGCUUUUACAUACAGCAGUAGAAAAACUUUCAAAGAUUUUGCAGAUGACAAUCAGAAUUUCCUUACAAUGUCAGAAUGUCAGUAUAUCAUUAAACAUGAACUUGAAAAUUUGAGAGCUAAAGAUGAAAAAAUGAUCCCUGGAUAUCCCCAGGCAAAGCUGUAUCCAGGAAAAUCAAUUGUGAGAAGAUUGUUGACCAAUGGUAUUCUAGUUCAGAUUUUCCCGCUGCAUGACAGAGAAGAGUUGAAAAAGCUUCGGCAUACGUGGUAUGGACAAGUCAAAAUUGGCUAUCAACCUCUAGAUGAGAUACGCUGCUACUUUGGUGAGACCAUUGCACUCUACUUCGGCUUCUUAGAGUACUUCACGUUUGCGUUGAUUCCCAUGGCUGUCAUUGGGAUCCCUUACUACGUGUUUGCGUGGGAAGACUAUGACAAAUACGUGAUGUUUGCCACAUUCAAUCUGCUCUGGUCCACUGUGAUCCUGGAAGUUUGGAAACGGAUUUGUGCUGUGAUGACAUACCGCUGGGGGACCCUGUUGAUGAAACGACAGUUUGAAGAGCCAAGACCAGGUUUCCACGGUGUUCUGGGUAUCAAUCCUGUCACUGGGCGAGAGGAACCAGUGUACUCAAGUAUUAAGAGACAGUUACGGAUUUAUCUCGUGUCCGUACCAUUUGUGUGCCUUUGCCUCUACUUCUCACUAUACGUGAUGAUGAUUUACUUUGACUUAGAACAGUGGGCUCUGGAUUAUCAUGAGGAGAAUAAGUCCCACUUUAGCAGCCUGAUGCUGUAUGUGCCCAGUAUCAUAUACGCUGUCGUGAUUGAAAUUAUGAACCGUAUCUAUCGGUAUGCUGCUGAAUUCUUAACAUCAUGGGAAAAUCACAGGCUGGAGUCUUCGUAUCAGAAUCACUUAAUCCUGAAGGUUCUAGUGUUCAACUUCUUAAAUUGUUUUGCAUCUCUCUUCUACAUUGCUUUUGUGCUGUUUGAUAUGAAACUUUUGAGACAGAGCUUGGCCACUUUGCUGAUAACUUCGCAGAUACUUAACCAGUUUGCAGAAUCUCUGCUUCCUUACUGGCUCCAAAAGAGACACAUGAAGAAGAUGAAGGAACGCAUGCAUUCUCUGAAGAUGGAUACAGACCUGUCAUUAGUCGAACAAGUCAACUCGGAAAAAGAAAUGGGCACCUAUUUGGGUACUUUUGAUGAUUACUUGGAGUUGUUUUUACAGUUUGGCUAUGUGAGUCUCUUCUCAUGUGUUUAUCCACUGGCAGCUGUCUUUGCAGUGUUAAACAACAUCACAGAGAUAUAUUCUGAUGCCUUAAAAAUGUGCAGAGUUUACAAGCGCCCAUUUGCAGAACCCACAGCAAAUAUUGGUGUUUGGCAGUUGGCUUUUGAAACCAUGAGUGUAAUAUCGGUAGUUACUAAUUGCAUACUGAUUGGAAUGUCUCCACAAGUGAAUGCCCUUUUCCCAGACUCAAAAAUGGACCUCAUUCUGACUGUGGCAUUGGUAGAGCACUUGCUGCUAGCAAUAAAGUUUGUCAUGGCAUUUGUAAUUCCCGAUAAACCAAGAGAUAUCCAGAUUAAACUGGCCAAGUUGGAAUUUGAAUCUCUAGAGGCUCUCAAACAACAGAUAAUAGCAGAGAUCCCGCAAGAAGAAAGCUUGUCUUUGAAGAGAAAUACAAGAAUGAAAAUGCUGCUGGAAAUGAUAUGGGCAGGACAAGAAGCAAAUGAAACUUGCGGCUGAGUCACUGAAGGAGUAAACACGAAGAAACGAAGAUGACUGCAGCAGUCACAUGGACGUGUGGGCACGUCGCGAGCAUUUGUUUGUGAUGAUCACAGUGUGCACUCUACCAUAUAUUCAGUAGGUGGCACCUGCUUGUGUGAUACGCGGUAAAUAUUCGCUGCUUGAUGCUGUAAAAAAAGGUAAUUUAUCCUAUUCUCCUUGUUCCUUACGUACAAGGGUUUGUGAAGCUAACACUAAAUAAAGCACUCCAGCUUAUGCAAGGUCUGGCUGAAACCUGCCAGACUCACCAUACUUGAAGUGAUUGAAAACAGAUCUGGUAAAUAAGCAUCCAAAAGCGAACUAGAGUUUUCAACUGUAACUUUGCAAAAGAAAACAGAAAUAUAAAGGUAGGCUGGUACUGUCCCUUGGGCUUACUGCCCCUUUCCUUCCUCUAUUAUGAUAGCUAAACCUCUCCUUUUUUCAAAGACUGCUUAUUAGCUAUUUUUUGCACAUAGCAAAUUAAUUUAAAUGUUUUAUACACUACAUAAUGAAAUACAUGAUUAUUCCUUAUAGGACCUGAGAAAUAUUAGAACAUAAAUAUUAUAAGGUAUGCUUUAUACACUCCUGCGUGCUCGUUACCUAAGUAAACCUGACUUAAAGUCUUCUCAAAAGCUGGGUAAAAAGCAUUCAGUAGGAUACAGAUUGCUGAUCAGUGAUUUAUGAAGAUGAAGUGGCAGAUAAUUGUGUAUUUAUUUAUUAAUUCACGUUAGCUUUUGGUGUCACUACCUUGGGCCUUGAACUAUGGCAUUGUAUUAAUGGGUCUUCUGGUUAAAUGAACUAACAGAGCAAUUAAACUUGAUACACUAGUACUCAUGUAUGUAGUGAAUAGCUCUUUUUUUUUCCCUUGUGUUCCACAAAAAAAGGUAAUUUUCCUAAUAUUUCAUUGUUUUCUGGCAGUAAUAGGACCAAAAUCCCCCCAGCCUCUGACAGUUUAUGUUCUCCAGCUGUGACCUUCAUCUGUGGUAGAUGUAACUUAACUUUAUAUGAUACUUGCUGGAAUGGUGUGUGGAAAAAUCUGUCAUUACAAUUAAGGUAUUUGCCUGCUUGGCACAUUUCAGAUUUCUGCCACAGGGCCCCCACAGAAGAACAAUACAACUAAGCCAAAAUAAUGUAUUUUGUCUGGAGUUUGGAAUUAGCAUUUAUCAAAAUCUGUAAGUGUGACCCAGUAAGAAAUGGCUCGAUUCCCUUGGGAAGAGGAGCAGAAACAGUGCUACAGCUGCUGUCUCCCUGUACUUGCUUCUCCUACCAUGCAGCCCCCACGCUGCUGCUAUUUCAGGGCGAGCUCUGGGGCUGCUGCUCUUUCACAGCCUGUGCCUGAAGCUGUAGCAGGGCUGUGGCAGCACACAGGGAAGCUCUGUCCUGGGCAGCCAGCAGGGAUCUCUGAGGGGUGCACAGCUCCCCAUAGCACUGUAGAGAUCCCCAAAAAGAUGUAUUUUGAGGAGGGGAUGAGCAUAUUCUCUGGGAAAGCUCCAUGGCUUUGCAGUUUGUUGCCCACUUUAAUCUCAAGGAGCUCACAUUUGUUAAAGUUAUACUCUCGCUGCCUAGUCGGUGUGUUUGAGCAUGUUCAGGAGAAGAAUAUGUGGGAUGGGUUCCUGUUGGAAUAUAUCCUGGUGGGCUUGUGGCAGCUGUUUUGAUGGGAUUCUGCUAGGACUGCAUAAUUUCUGUUAAUUUGUGCUGGUUUAGGAGUGUGAAGUGGGCACGUUUUUGCUGGUAGCGACUAUAUCAGGUAUCAGGAAUAACUUUCCAAGAUGGGUUGGAAAAGGAAUCAAGCCGUGUCUCAACUGUAAUCACGUG